CCAUGGCAACGGAAAAUAACACACGCGUUAACUUACUGUAGGGGUAUGGUGGAUAUCAAGAUGGACAAAGAUACACUGGCACAGGAAAGAGUUUUUAUCAACGAUAUUGACUCAUUUGCAUCGAAAUAUAUUGCAAAGUGUCUUGCCAAACAUACGCUUGAAGGCGAUGGCUCAGCUGAGAAAGAGGGUCGGACUUUGAAAUCAAACGACUCUGGGUCACAAAGUUACAGGGUCGUUGGGACGAUUUCAGACGGUUCAGAGGAGGACAGACCCUAUGUGUUGGAAGCAUACAUUCGACCGAGUAGGGAAAAGAUUCUUCAAAAACUGAUGGAAUGUGACGUGAUCAUCUACAACGUUACUCAGCAUCCUGAGCAGGUAGAUGAAGCCUGCUGGGCAGUUACAGCCCUCCAUGAUAAAAAAACACAUUUUAAGCAACCAAAAAGGUUUAUCCUCAUCUCUACAGUGAUGACUUGGGCGUGCAGUGAGCCAAUCAGUUCUGAUGAUCUGGAACUCCCUUUUACUGAUGAUGAUUUUAGAAGAAGAAAGGCUCAUCCAAACUUUAAAAAGCACCUCGAACUGGAGAAAAUGGUUGCCAAAAUGGGCAAGAUGGACAGAGCACUGUUUUCUACAUAUGUUGUGGUGUCAGGUCUUCAGUAUGGACUGGGAGAGCAGGUCUUCCAUCUCUUUUUUAAGAUGUCAUGGCUGGGACAAGAAAAUGAAAUACCAGUCUUUGGAGAGGGCAACAACAUUGUUCCCACAAUUCACGUCAGUGACCUUGCAAGAGUCAUUCAAAAAAUAAUUGAGCAUCAGCCCAAGCCCUAUUACUUGGUAGCUGUGGACUAUUCCAACAACACUAUGGAGGAUAUUGUUAAGACCAUUGCCUGUGCGCUUGGAUUGGGGAAGAUCCAGAGAAAGACAUUUGAAGAGGCCUUCCUCCAGCAGGACUUGAGCCCCAUUCGUAUGUGUGUUCUGGGUCCUCCUGCAGUGGGGAAAAGCAGUGUGUCCAAACAGAUAUGUGACCACUACAAGCUCCAUCACAUCAGGCUAAAUGAGACAAUCUCUGAGACCAUCUCUCACCUGGAAUAUAUGGUGAGGAACCCUUUUUCAGAUUCAGAGAAUGAGGACUCAGCAUCAGCAAUAGAAGCCCAAGAACUGCUGAGUAUUUUCAAGGACAAUAUGGAGCAGAAUGGAGAUCCUACUUACACAGCUGUUAUUGCUAUUAAGUUGGGGGAGCACAUCGCAUCAUCGUAA